UCAUGUUUGAGCAACAUUUAUUAUAUGUGUGUUUAGAUUUUACUUUGUCCCAUGUCCCAUCUGUUAAUAUGGAGGCGGGGUCGAUGACCUCCACUGCAGACAGUGAAAAGAUGGAGCUCUAAAAAAGUUGGUUUGACUUUUGGGCUGUGCCUGUUUUUAUACGGUAUCUGAGUGAUGCCACAGCAGUAAUAGAGGCUGUUUGAUCGAUAAGAGAGCCAACCACACAUUUAUUCUGAUCAUACUGUUUUGUCAUAUAUUUGACCAUCAUGUUACAGGUUUGGUCUGAUAUCUCUUUGAAAUAAGAAAGAGUCAGCUUCAGUUUCUGACAAAAAAACAGUUUCAAACAUGAAUUUUAUCAAACACUAAACAGUCACUACACAAUUAUUCUCAAAUGCGCCACACUUCAAACUCGUCAUACUACACUUACAGCAAAGCUCCUACACACAGGUGGAUCUUUAUGAUAAUAACAGGUAAUAUUAUCUUCUGAAAUCACAGUCAGUGGAUUAUUUGAAUAUUUUAGAAAAGCCCUUGAAAAUGCAAAAACACUCAAAUACUGACGGAUUCUCCAGCUGCUCUGACUGUCUGAGAUUUCACAGAAAGAAACACAAACUGUGCAGACAAAUCUACAGCAGUGAACACAAACUCAAACACAAGUACUUGUUUGCCCAUUUUACAUACUUUUAUAUCUUAAAAAAAAAAAAAGAUAUAUAACAACUACUUACAAUUUUUGGAUAUCAAUACUGUCUUAAAUCAGUUCACACAAAAAAAGGUUCAACCAUCUGUUUUACUUUCUCAGACUUACAAACUGAAUUUGGUCACUCAAAUCCAGAAUUGUACAUUUAACUCAGUGUGUUACAUAUAGUCUUUUUAUUUAUUUUUUUAUUUUUAUUUUAAGAAGUUAAUUUAAAAAUCCACAAUAAUCUAUACCUAUAUUUGAUCUGGUUAAGAAUCUUAUUUCUAUGGACAAUAACCCUUUCAAAUCAAAUUGAAUUUUAUGCACUAGCUGAGAAUUAAAACUUUUGUUAACUGAGAGAGACAGUUAUAAAUUGGUAAGUUUGUCACAUCUGUUUUGAAUGGAGAAUAAAAUGAAGAGGACUCUUUCUCUAUAUAUAUAUCCAUCUCAAUCUGUAAGUGGAUUGACUUAGUUUCUGUUAGGAUAAGACAGUGAAGCUCUGUGCAGCAGAGAGUGGAGAUGCUGACAGCUGUAACCUCAGUCACCAUAAACAGAAAAACUGGAGCAAACUGCACAGAGAUGGCCUAUGAUGUUGCUCAUUUUAACUUUAUUAUCCCCUGAUUGUACAGGAAGUAUUUAUGGUGAUCAUCAUGAACACAUUGGUAAGUUGUUUUCAAUGUUUUCAUAUUCCAUGUUAAAAAUAUGAAACUGAAAAUUGAAAGCCAGGGGCCUCAUGUAUCAAUAUUUGCGUGGAUUUUAUACUAAAACUGUAUCAAUCUGUGUGAGCACCGGAAUCCAUGCACGUUUUCUUGACACACCCCAAUCAGUGUGGAAUUGAGUGCAGAUGUGACGAGGCAAAUGUCAGAUUUCCAUUAAACAGUGGUGUGGUGGAAUGAGCUGCUGUAAAUCCCGUAGCUUGGUAAACACAGGUGUGUCUGUAUGGAUGAGAGGGGCUGUUUUGGUCAGACAGGUGUGUUAAUGAGGAAGACUCUGGUGAUGAAGUUACACUUCUAUUGUACCCAUGUGUACAUUUGAUCGCUGCUGCGUGCGUGCGUGCGUGCGUGCGUGCGUGCGUGCGUGCGUGCGUGCGUGUGAAAGGAUCCUCAGUGUGUUACUAGAGGUUUUCGCCUCUCUCCCGACAGUGACUGAUGUUUAUGACAGUGUGAAAAUGUGGGCCUGUCAGAAAAGAAUAAGCUCAUUGUUGAUUUGAGGUUGUUUAUUAAAUAUUAUGCCAAGAAUUAAGGAUCUUCAAGGCAAACCAGGCUCAGGUCUCAUUAACAUCACCCCUGGGUGCCAGGAGAGUGGGGGGACAUCUACAACCACCUUUUUUUGGGGGGGGCAGCUUACAAAUGGUUUAAUAGAGGCCUGGAUUAAUAGAAAUUGAUGUGUCAGCCUUGCCGCCAAUGUGCAGCACCCCUGCCGAACUCUGCAGCAGCCCGUCCGACGGUGAUUGUGUUUGCAUUGAUGGUUUUUUGUGCUAGGUGUUCACGGUUGUCAAAGACUGACAGUCACCAAACAGCGCCACACAGCAUCACCAAAAGACCAGACUGCAGUUAACGCAAGAAUCAGCUUUCCACCUGUGUAGUUGGCGUGAGACGGCACAAGAAUAGAUGAACUUAUCACAGUGAUACAUCUGAAUGUGAGUGCCAAUCAUGGCGUACGCAAGUUUUUCUUGUGCAAACAGUGUUGAUACACAAGGCCCCAGAUGUGUUCGGGCUGCCAGAUCAGCUCAGGGCCGGGUGCCUAUUGAAGACAUCACACUACGGCAAGUCCACUCGAACAAACCACAUUGCACUCCAUUUAAUAAGUCAGAUGUGCUCGGUUAAAAGCCCCCUGCAGUUUUCUUUUUUUCCAUUUUUUCAUUCAAUUGACCUCAAAAUUUUGUCUCCAUAUAAUACAGAGAAUUACGGCUUACUGUACUAGAGUUUUUAGAUGGCUUUAAUUGUAUAUGUUAACUUUUCUAAAGGAAAAAGAAAAGUAGAUUUACACAGCAUCUCUGUUUAUCAAUAGAUAGUUUUACUUUUAUUCCAUAUUUUCUUUGGCAACCUAAAAGAGGCGGUAGUCUGACUGUCGUUCAUCCCCUUUGACAAGUAGCGUAGAUUGCUUUGUAGCAUUCGUCCAUGUUUUCUCCAAAGAACUACAAUCUCAUGACAAGUAAUCUGGCAAAAACCACUUCUGUAAUGUCCAGACCACCCAGAGUCUCCUACGUCAUCUGAAGCAUCUUCUAGCCAAUCAUAUUCCAUUAAGUCGUCAAUAGGCGCCGCGCCCCGAGCUGAUCUAGCUACACCUGCCUUUAUUAAUUAGAACAGCUCAAUCUUGAGAUCCCGGCCAAAAGAAUGAAUACCAGCCUUUAAAUAAGGAUUUAUAGUGUAUGCUCUUGACCCAAUCAUUGAUGGCUUAAGGUUAGAAAUCUUUCUAAAUGGCGCUUGUCUGGACAACUGACUUGCACGUGGCAUUAAAGGUCCCAUACAGCAAAAACCAACAAAAACAUUUUUCCUUGUCAAAAAGUUGAAAAAGCCUCUGCAUUGUAUCUGGACAGUCAGAGUCAAUGUGAACACACUCACAUAUUACUCUUUGACACUCAGAAAACAGAUUUGUCUUUAGUUUCUGCCUUUGCUAUAAAGUCAAGUGUCCAUCCAUAUUCUACAUCAAGGAUGCUGACAAACCCCAUGCAAAGACCAAUACCAACACUGUGACAGCCUUGAUCUCUCCUCAUGAGUUAACAAUUUGCUUUAAAUUUCUUUGAAAGGCCCAGUAGUUUCCUAAAAAGCUUAUUUUUACAGUCUAACAGGGGUAAUAAUUCAUCUGCCAGGUGUAUUUUCAGAGGCGGAGGAAUUCACAUUUGGUUAAGUGAGUCACCCAAAGCAGUUGGACAACAAUGCUGAAAGUGGGUUUUAAAAAAAAGCCCAUGAAAUUUGUGUAACAUGAUGCAGCGUUGGCUUCCUGUAAGAGGCUUAGGUAGCAGGUGCUGAUAGCAGCGUGGGCUCAUAUCAGUCUCUCUGAUGCAGCCCAUCAAUCUGAAUGUGAUGGUGUCGCUGUGUGUUGCAUUGUGAGGAUGCAAAAAAACACACUUUGAAACCCUGUACCAGUGUUUGGACUGAGAAAAAAACUAAUUUCCAGUUUAUUUUUUCCAAAAUGAGUCUUGGUACACGAAACAGGCAUGCCAAAAAAGACUUGGGCUGGCUCUGUACACUUUAACAGAAAAACUCAGCACUGCCAGAGAAACCUCUCCAUUAUCAUCAUCCUUAUUUAGCAGCAUAAGUUAGCUGAGCUAACCUCUUAAAAACAGUUCUUUAGGUGUGUAUAUUCCACCAAAAAAACUGCAUCUGAAUGUUGUAGCAUCACUGCUGGCAUCCCUUAGGGUUGUCUUCAGGGUACCCUUCCCUUUAUGCACCGAACACUGGCAUCUUGCAAACUAAAGUGGCAGAUCCUUUUCCAGUCAUGCAAAUGACACGGUGUCAGAACAAUCCAGGGUAUUAAAUCUCUCAGCACCAGAGUCCUGACCUGAGCAGAACCAGUGUCUCAGUUUCAGGUUCAGUGUGACUAUGUCAGUCAUUAUGUCUUUGACCACUUCCAACGCACCUGUGCAAAUUACUUACUCGAAUAUCAGACAGAAAAAUCUCAAAUUCACAAAUUCAUGUUCAAGGAAUUUCCACCUCGUUCCUCAUUAUUGCACCUUGCUCCUCCUUCAGAUGCAGCUCUUCCCUACUCUAUGCCAGCUUCCUCUGCUAUGCUUUGUCUUCAUCUACCCAUGUCAAAUGAAUUUUCAGUGGUGCCUGCUCUGUUCUUGGAUAUCUUUGUUGCUACUGUUCUUCUUGCCUUGGUUUAUAUGCACUUGAAACACAUGGGUACUGUGUCCUCCCUGUCCUGGGUUUUCACAGAAGAGCUGGGAACUCGAAAAAACUGUUUUAAGUUUAUAUUUGCAUGAAUUAGUUCUCUUCAGUGUUGUUUUUGAUUGGCACUUGGGAUCUGUUGACAAUGAGAUGAGACUAUUUAUUUAAACAGACUCAUUAAGCAUAAACAAAAUGUCUUUAUCUCCUCUGAGGCUUGUUCCUGCAUAAGGGGUUAUCCAGGAUAUUUACCACCAUCACUUUCUCUACUGUGGUGUGAUCACAAUCAACAAAUUGCAUGUUAAAUCAGCAGGCAAAGCUCCAAUUUUUGGGGAUUACACUUUUAUACACAUACAGUAUAUUAUUUAGCAGCUAAACUAGCUAUUUUCACAGAGAACACAGAGGAACAGAUAUUAGGAUAUAAAAUAUCAAGUCAAAGUUGUUCAAGUCCUUCAGACUGAACAGAAGAGCAUUCAGCUGUUUGCAGUUGCUCCAGAGCUGUAGACAUCCCAAAUGACUGCCAGGAGAGGUUUCUCAUCAGCCCAAAGCCCUCACUGUAGUUCCAUGUCAGUAACUGUUGUGUUGCACCCACAGCACAACAGUUACACAACAUGUAAAUAAGUGUGUCUGUAGACAGAAUGGAGUCAGUGCAGUUUGCAUAAAUGAAGCUUUCCUUCAGGCGCUGCCUCCACCCUGUCUGCUCCUACACGUCAGUGCUGACGCUAUGUGUGACCACCUCCCUCAUUGUGACAGAGCGGAUCAGGUUCAGCUUCUGAUAGAAGCUGGCCAGGUCCAUGGGGAGCUCCAGGUCCUCCUGCUGCACAGUCCUGUAGCUUAUCCUGCGCCCACCAUUGCACAGCCGCUCAGGGUGCUGCAAGUAGAAAGGCAGCGUGCAGCGAGCGCAGGACGGGCAGAAGGCAUGUGAGCGUUGGCACCUACGAGGCGGUGGUGGUGUAGAGGAGUAGCUGGUAGGACCGUUGGCCUCAGUAAGGAAGGUGGGGGGGUAGGGCUCCGGUUCACGGAAAGGCUCCGGUUCGUGGAAAUGCUCUGAUGUUGGAGGCGAAGGGGGAGCGGGCAAAGCCAGGGGGCGUGAUGGUGACAUGCUGGAGAGCUCCGGUUCCUCCUCUUCCCCCUUCUCAGACUCCUCCCUCUUACAGCAGUAAUACUGAAACCAGCAGAGACAGGAUCAGAUUAGAGUCAUCUUCGAAUACAAAGAGGUUUGGUGACAGAUGUUUUGACCUUAUUUUUCUUUAAACUUCAGUGUGUUUGAAUGAGAUACUUUCCGUGUGUAUCAUCCAGGAGAUCCAAGUUAGCUCAGCCCCUUUGUUCAAAAACCAACAGCCGGGUGAACUCCACAUCAUCACUUACUUAAUGAACUCUGAACCAAAGCUCUGUCUUCUGUAAAGGGUGUUUUUCAGUUCAGCUGAUCACAGAUACAGCCUUUCAUGGGUCAACAGACCAAAACAAAGAUGGCUGCCUCUAUCUAGCAUAGUCAGCUAACAGCAGAGGUGACACCAUUUCACUUAAAUUCAUACAUUUUCACAUUACCUCUAUUUUAAAUGGACAGUCUGAAAACAAGCUGGUCUCCUGAAUGUUGCAGAAACAGAGGGCCUGAUCUACUAAGAUUCCAAAUAAGGAGCGCUGAACUGUGUGUAUACUAAAAAUUGCAUGUGCUAUUAGUAGGUGUGUUGCAGGUGUUUACUGUUAUUGCAUGUACAAUUGAUAACAGGUGCAAAAGUGGUGUGGACCGGCCUCUUUUGCAUGCACUACCGAGUGGCCAUAUACGAAAAGUGAAGUUUGAAGCCAUGGAGUUGCACUGAUCGUUUUGGGGAAGCUAACGACUACAUAAAAGGCAAGGGAAGUUUAUUUUUAUAGCACCAUUCAUAGACAAGGCAAUUCAAAGUGCUUUGCAGAUGCAAGAAAAUAAAUUAGAAAUGCGAAAAAAGAUUCACACAAUUUAAAAUCAAAUAGGAUUAACAGAUUAAAAAAAUGCUGUCUGAUCUGUGCUUGACCUAAUUAUUUAUGAAAACUGUCAUUUUCCAGGAAAACAAAAUAAAUCACAUGCUUUUAGACCCAGGGCUCCACAGCACUGAGCCUAAACCCAAAUUUCCACCACAUCCAGAAUGGCUAUGAAAAGGCCAUAUCCGCCGAUUCUAGCUGAACAUACACAACAACAAUAAAACUGGGAGCAGAGCAUGGGUAGAAUACAGAUCCUUACAGGCUGCAGGGAGCGGCAGAGAGACGUCCCUGUCGCUGCUCCACCACCCGGAGAUGGAGCAAAACAUCAGUGAAGGGUGGCCCCCCGGCUGACGACCCUGCAGUCUGCACAAUGGCACCAUCGGAGGUGCUUCAGGCAGAAAUGCCAAGCAGGCACGACCACCUGUGCUUACAUCAAGUUUCUCUGGUUCGCCAGUGACUACUGAGAAGAGAGCAGUUGCCGUCCAGGAAAGACUGGCGGGCUGCCAGGGAAGACUGGCUGACGGCGUUAAAGACCGCACCAGGGUGGAAGGGCUAGUUACCUGCUCCACACGUCCAGCUUGGACACCCAAACUAACAACAAGCAAAUUAAGAGGAAAAACAGCCCAUUGGUCCGCUGAGAGGCGGGACGAAAGAUGGACCAGCAAGGACGGAUAUCACGGUAACAAACCACAUGGAAAGGACAAAGGACCAAAGGAUCCUGAGACACUGCUGCUGCGGCUGGAGUAAAGUAACAACUUACCAUGGCCUGCGCAUCCACCAAGGGAAGGCAAAGUGUGUUGGCAACAGCCGGCCGCAAGCUUGCACUGCGUCAGCAGGUCAGACAAGGAGGCAUCACAGCCAGGUUGAGCACCACAGAGCUAGUGAACCCAACAUUGCAGUUGGAACGGAAGAGGAACACCAGUCUUCUGAGCAGACCCCACAGCAGCAGAACACCCCACAGCAGGAGAACAGCACAAUGAAUUUGGAGCAGCAGAGCCCCCCACAGCAGGAGAGCAACACCGCACGCACAGAGCCACAGCAGGAGAGCAACACCGCACGCACAGAGCCACAGCAGGAGAGCAACAUCGCACGCACAGAGCCCGUAAGAGUCCCCCCAGAGAGGUAUACACAGAAACCCCAAGUCAAGUGGCCAAAGUCCAGCGACAGGGAAGUAUGGAGAAACUUCAACGAGAGAACAUGCACCACCCUUCAGAACUCCCUAAAGGGCAACUCAACCUCCAAACUGAACAACCUCGGCCAUUUUAUCCACGAGGAAGGGAGAAACCGGUUAGGAGACAAGCCCGUGAAGAGGCCCAGUCCUAAACAAAGCGGAAGGCAGGAAAGGGAAAUCUUUCAGCUGGUAAAGGAGCGAUGUCUCUUGAGGAAGUCAUGGAAGAAAGCUGAGGCGGAGGAAAAAGAGGGCUUGAAGGACCUCUGGAACAAGAUCAAGGAAAGGCUUGUACACCUCAGGAGAGCUGAAAGGAUAAAGAAGCGGAGAAGCCGUAGGAAGAAGGCAAGGACAUGCUUCUUCCGGGACCCCUUCAAAUUCACCCGCAGCCUCCUAGAGGAGAAUAAGACCGGAACACUACAGGUCACAAAACAGGAGCUGGAGCAACACAUUGUAGAUCAUCUGAGUGACAACCUGUGAGCAAAGCCCUUGGGACCACCAGGCCAUGUACCUCGCCCAACUGAGCCUUCCACAGAGUUUGACACGUCCCCUCCCAAGUGGGCAGAAGUCAAACAAGUAGUAGAACGCGCAAGAUCGGCAUCAGCACCUGGGCCAAAUGGCGUGCCAUAUAAGGUAUUUAAGAACUGCCCUGGGCUCCUGAAGGCGCAAUGGAGGCUCAUGGUUGUGGCUUGGAAAACGGAGUCCAUCCCUCUGUCAUGGUGUCAAGCAGUCACCACCUUCAUCCCGAAGGAGAAAGACUCCCAAAACACCAGUCAGUUCAGAGGCAUCGCUCUGCUGAACGUGGAGAGGAAAAUCUUCUUCUCCAUCUUGGCCAGACGGAUGACAAGCUACUUCCUGGCAAAUAAGUAUAUCGACACCAGUUGCCAAAAGGCAGGAGUCCCAGGAUUCCCUGGCUGCGUUGAAUACUCAGCGGUGAUCUGGGAACAAAUCCAGACAGCCAAACAAAGCAAAGAAGACCUGCACGUAGUCUGGCUUGACCUGGCAAAUGCUUUCGGCUCAGUUCCCCACCAGCUCAUCACGUAUCCCCUUAGCUUCUUCCACGUACCACCACGCGUCUAGAAUCUAGUAGCCAAAUACUUCAACAACCAGCACGUUUGCUACACAACCCGGGAUAUCUCAACUGACUGGCACCGGCUUGAGAAGGGGAUAGCAAUGGGAUGUGCCAUCUCUCUCAUCCUCUUCACUGUGGACAACUUGGGAGGCUGUGAUCAAAAGAACCAUCAAUUGGGCCGACAUGUGGAGAACUCCCCAGGCAAGACUGAGCUUCCGGAUUACGGCCACAUAUGACACCUUACCCAGCCCCCGGAACCUCCUUACCUGGUUCGGCACAGAAGAACCCAAGCUCCCCAAACCCAAACCUAAAGCACAUCCUCUCUGGAUGCAAGAUGGCAUUGUCACAGGGAAGGUACAGGUGGCGGCAUGACAAGGUCCGGCGCAAGCUAGCAGAGAUCCUGGAAGCCCGCAGACAGCAAGUAAACCGGGAGAACCCACCUUCAUCCCCCAAGUGGAUCCAGUUUACCAGGCCAGGGACGACAGCGCAGCGUGGCACGGGGACAGAGCGGUCGCUCCUGUCACUAGGGGGCCAGUGGCAACUAGCAGCCGACCUCAGCCGUCAACUGAAGUUCCCUGUAGAGAUCACCGCGACAUCCCUAUGCCCGGACAUUGUGCUCUGGUCAGCACCUGCCAAAGUCGUCAUCAUGGUUGAACUGACAGUCCCAUGGGAGAAACACAUGGAGGCCGCGUACAAGCGUAAGAAGGACAAGUACGCAGAACUGGCAGCAACAUGCUCACAAGCUGGGUGGACACAGUUUGGCUUCCCAGUGGACGUCGGAUGUAGGGGCUUCACCAGGACAUCCACACAGCGGCUACUGAAGACGCUCGGAGUCACAGGAUCCAACAGGAAGCGAGCUCUUCGUGACCUUGUGGAGGAGGCCGAGGAAGGGAGCUUCUGGCUGUGGCUCAGAAGGAAGGACAGGGCGUGGGGAACAGAAGGCUCUUAAGAGAGGCAUAAUGGUAUGCGGUCAGGCCCACGCUUGACUCAGGGAGAUGGACGCCCCUACCAUGCAUAGUCCCCUGGGACUCGCUCCACAUACACAACAACAAUAAUAACACUGG